UUGCGCGGAUAGUGGAGUAUGUGCCUUUACAAUAGACAACAGUUCAUACAGCCUAUUUUUGCUUGCAACAAGCGAGAUCGAUAAGCUAGUGCAAUCCAGCCUUCGUUAGUUCAGGCUACGAACGAGGGUAUGCUUAUAUUUCCACAAAUGGCACUUUUCUUCACUCGGUUUUAGGGUGCACAGACGGCUUUGAUUGGGACAAGAGAAACAAAUGGGCCUGGAUCGUGAUACAAAAAGACGAAAAGCGGGCCGGGAUAUCAAUUAACGAGAGACACCUCGCUCACUGAGGACUGAGAGAGAAAGCCAGAGCGAUCGACCCAAAGUGAACCAGAAAAAAACCAAUUUUUCCUUUCAUUCCUCUUUUUUUUUUCUCUUUCCAUACUAGUUUCUUUUGACUCCUUCUCUUCUUUUUUCCUCCACUCUUCUUUCUCGAAGCCAUGGCAUCUUAUUACAAUAACCAGCACGACUACGGAGCACCGCCACCGCCACAACACUACCAGGAUUCAUCCUAUCCAAUGUACGACAUGGGCUACCGCGACAAUAACGUGACGAGCCCGACUGUUGCGACGGACGACGGCUACGGUGCGAAAAGAUCUCGGAAUUCUCGGCAGAACGGCCAGUACCAGCACCUAGGCGAUGGUGGACCAGUCUUGUACGUCGAACAACAGCCAGAAAAACGAUCGUGUCUCGACAAAAUGUGCUGCGGAUGCUGCACAUGUUUUCCUCGCUGGGCACGAUGGAUAUGCUGCUUUCUGUUCCUGAUUAUUGUUGCCAUUGGCAUCGUGAUUGGCGUGCUGGCCGCGCUCUUCAAAACACCUGAGAUCAACUUCAAUGGUCUCCAGGGCGAACCAUCCUUCAACUUGACCGGCACCACUGCCAAUUUCAACUUUAAUUUGAAUAUCACCGUUGACAACCCUAAUGUUCUUGGCGUUACGUUUGAAAAGAUCGAAGCCAAGGCUUAUUACCCGGGUUAUCGAGACAAGAGCAUCGGUGGAGGUAUCAAGGACAAUGUGCACAUUGGCAAGGAGACUGUCACCACAAUUAUCUUCCCAUUUACCAUUUCCGUUGAUGCCAUGAAUACAGAAACACAGGCCAUCCUGUACGAUAUCAUGGGUAAAUGUGGUGUGCUAGGUGGUGAGGCACCCGGGAUCACCAUUGACUACGAUGUCGUUCCUACCUUGGAUAUCAUCGGUAUCAAAAUUUCACCCACUAUCUCUAACAGCGCCAACUUGCCAUGCGACAACUCUGUAAGUUAUUGUACCUUGAUGGAAGAAAGGAGAGAAAGAUUGAAGGACUAGAGUACUGAACGCAUACACAAUUUGGGCUUCUGAUUCACAGGACAUACCGAAUCUGUCUGAUCUGGGUGGAUUGACAAGUUUGAUUCCUUCCGAUGUCGCGAACCAACUUCCGACCAAUCUUGGUGAUGUUACUGGUCAGCUAGAAAACCUUGUACAUAUACAGCAGUAUCUUUUUUUCUAAAUAAUAAUUGUGUCGUGUCGAGAGCUGGCUUUCGUGUUGCCUUAAUGACUUUUGUCUGUACAACAUUAACUACUUGCGCUUUUCAAGAA